AUGUCAGUGAAGAACUUGGAAACUGGCAGAAGUGCUCCAGGAUUAAGGAUAAUUUUUGGUCAUGGAAUAGUCAAUGGUGAGGUUUGCUUACUGAACAAACAAGCAGACACAGAACCAGCAGACUGUGGCCCAUGGAGUUCUCCCUAUGUUUCCUUAGAAAGCCAUCUCAGGGCUUCAGAUAGCUCAAAAUAUAUCAAAUAUCAGUCAUUGUUAAGUCUUGACUGUAUGAAAAAGGUAGAGCUGAAAGUUGCCACCCAAAGCAGUCCCAAAGUUCUCCUCCCUGCCCUGAUGGGGGUUGAGGGGAGUGACCUUACAGCUGGCAUGGGAUUUAAUUUGUGGCUGGGAUUAAACCACAACAAUAACUGGUUUCAUCUGCACUGGGAUACACAGGAGAAUCUUGAUAUAUGGUCCUUGAGACCCUUCCUAGCUUCUCUGCCUGAAGCAUUUGCUCUGAAAGCUAAGUACCUUGUGCUGCUCCACUCAUCUCUAAUGGAUAACUUGAUGUCUGACCUAACAACUUAUUUAAAUGCUUAUUAGACUGGGUCUGGAGAUCACUUUGUGAGCACAAAGGUAGCCCAUUUGGAGCUGCCAGAGGAGCUGUAUCAGCUGGCAGAAAUACAGAAACUGAGAAGGGAGAAAGUAAUAGAAGACUACAGAAUGAAUGAGGAUGGUCUUUUGAUCCAACCAGCCGUGGAAUUUAAUAGAGGGAAACAAUCCACAGAGGAUAGAAACUACAGAGAUGAUGGUGAUUGCUUUCCCACAAAAAAAAAAAAAAAAGGCAAAAAAGCAGGGUCUCAAAACACAUCCUUCAACAAUCAAGGAUGUACUUUGUCAAAGCAGAGCUUGAAAAUCAAAUUCAUAUGGUAAAAUCUGUGGGAGGACCUUAAACUGACCUCAAUCAGACUGUAUGAAUUUGAUUUCUGACACAGGUGAUUUGAUGAGCUUAGAUUGGAUGUUUGGAGACAUCCAAGUGAAAAAAAGAGGCUGCUCCCCUUGCAGAGGUGUCCAACAAAAGCUCCUGACUUUACAAUGACAGGUAAUUCAACAUUCCACUGUUGAAUGGAAAUAACGAUGGUCUGUCUUUUGGAGGAAAUUCCUGCUGUGUCUGACUGUUCUUCUCCUCGUCUAUUUUUGAGAUCCAUUUUUUCCCGAGAGCUAUUUUUGAUUUUAGAAGAGUGACUUUUCUUUUUCUUG